AUGACCAUCCAUAUUGAUACCUUCUCCGCCAAGGCCACCUUCGAUUCCAAGGACAAUGAAUUGGCUACCAGCGGGCUGGAGUGUGCAGAAGUUGUUGAUAAAGAUGAUGGUGAUGGGAGGUUCCACGGCCAAUCGAACCCGAUUCUCAAGAAAACUUUGGUAGAUGUACACCACAAUCUCAGCACGUUGAAGAAUGUCAGUUGGCUCCCUGGAGUUGGCGAUAUAUACAACGGUACGCCAGGAAGAGGCGGCGAGGGCGUUGCCAUUUCCCAUCCAUACGAGAGUAGGCACUACCUUUCCCCAUGGCCAUCUUCCAGCUUAACACGGAGAGGAAGUCCAAUGCUAGACAAAGGCCGUCAGCCUGAAGGUGCAAAAGACAUUCGACGUAGUGCACUCCGACGGCACUGCGAUUUCUGGGAUGCCGACCAAGAUGGAGUGAUCUACCCUUGGGACAUAUUCAUAGGAUUCCGCAAACUCGGUUUCAACAUCGCCCUAUGCCUAUGGGCAGCGGUCACCAUGGCUGCAUGCUCGUCGUACAGCACACAGAAAUCCUUUCUCCCGCAUCCCUUGUUCGCUAUUUAUCUCGAUAAUGUCAAUCGCAAUCGGCAUGGAAGUACUACUGGUGCGUACGACUUGGACGCUGAACUGGACACACGGCGUUUCGAUGCAAUCUUCGAAAAGUACGCCAAAGGCAAGGACUACCUAACAUGGCGAACUAUGUACGAUGUGCAGGUCAAUGUUGCGCAAACGAUUUCUUUGGAUGGUUUGCUGGAGGCUUAG